AUGGGGAAGAGGCAGAGAGAUGCAAGCUCCCUUCAGGUACUGGAAGACCACAGUUCGGUCACCCCAAAGCCUUCUCCUCUGCAGCCUAAACAAUCCCAGUUGUCUUGGCCUUUUGUCACAGGAGAUGUGCUCCAUGCCUCUAAUCACCUUCUUGGCCCUCCUCUGGAUUCACUGCAACAGGCUGAUGCCCUUCCUGUGCUGGGGACCCCAGAGCUGGAUGUAGUACUCAAGUAUGUUGAAGAAGGGAAAGGACAAACUUCUUUGCAGGAAAUGAGAAGAGCUGGAGUAAUCCAAAGAUGUGUGUUUGUGAAUGAGGGAAUCAUGAUGAGUGGGUGGCUUGAGGGUCGUUGGCCAAUAAUAGCGAAACUUGGAAAGGAUCUGGAAGAGUCAAACGAUUUGACCUUUACAAGAGGUGAUUUCAAGAACCUAGAAAUUGCAUCUGGGUACACAUGUUUAAUUGAGACAAAUGAAACUGGGGAAUCUCCAUUUGAACUUAAAAAAGGAGGAAUGAACCUGUUUGCCUUAGAUCUCUGUUUAGACUGUGUCCAGAAAGAUGGGUUUUGCCAAAGGCAGGCAGAUCCAGAACAGCAGCUUUAUGUGGGAGCUGCCCUGGAGAGCUGUGUGCCAGCUCACAGAACCAAGUCGAUGUGUCAGCAACUGCCUACAAAAGCAGGGCUGGAGUUCCUCCAGUCCCUGGAAAGCUGGUAUGCCUCUUCCAGGAGGUUGCAUCAACAAUUUGAAAGCUAUAAAGAGCAAGUAAGAAAGAUAGGGGAAGAAGCUCGUCGUUACCAGGGAGAGCACAAGGAUGAUGCUCCAACAUGUGGAAUCUGUCAUAAAACAAAGUUUGCAGAUGGUUGUGGCCAUUUAUGCUCUUAUUGCCGGACCAAGUUUUGUGCUCGAUGUGGAGGUCGUGUCUCUCUGCGAUCAAACAAUGAGGACAAAGUGGUUAUGUGGGUAUGCAAUUUAUGUCGAAAGCAACAAGAAAUCCUAACGAAAUCUGGAGCGUGGUUUUUUGGAAGUGGACCACAGCCCUCACCCAGCCAGGACGGGACACUGAGUGAUACAGCAACUGGUGGAAGCUCGGAUGCACCGAGAGAAAAGAAACCAAGGCUUCAAGAGCGAUCGAGAUCACAGACUCCCUUAAGUACAGCAGCUGCCUCAUCACAGGAGGUCUCUACACCCAGUGUGCAGCCUGACCGGAGGAAAGGAGCAGAAGUAUCUCAGCCAGCUAUGGGCCCGGACCAAAAACAAGCUUCAUCGAGGUCUAGAAGUGAACCUCCAAAAGAGAGGAAGAAGGCAGUAUUGGUUUCAGACCAGAAUGGCAAAGGUUUAAAGAGUGAGCGUAAGCGUGUGCCAAAAUCCUCACUUCCAAAAGAAGGACCAACAGAUGACAGGGAGCGGAAAGAACGGCACGAAGGUAGAAGGCUGGAGAAAGGCAAGUCACAGGACUACCCAGACAUGCCAGAGAAACUUGAGGAAGGCAAAGUGCCUGAUGAUGAAAAACAAAGGAAGGAAGAUGAAUAUCAUACCCGUUACAGGAGUGAUCCCAAUCUGGCAAGAUAUCCUGUAAAACCACACCCUGAGGAGCAGCAGAUGCGCAUGCACGCCAAAGUUUCUAAAGCACGGCAUGAGAGAAGGCACAGUGAUGUAGCUUUGCCACACACAGAAAUGGAGGAAGCGGAGGUACCUGAGAAUAAAUUAGGAAAACGCUCACAAUUACAGGGAACUCAGGACAGAAAAUCUCUUGUGGAAACUCAGAGGUCGUACUCUAUAGACAGAACAGGUGAUGUAAGAAUUUCUGUUUCUAAACAAUUAACUAAUCAUAGCCCACCAACUCCCAGGCAUAGUCCAGUUCCUAUAGAACACGUAGAAUACAAGAACCACGAGUCCUUUAAAAAACAGAGCCGCCUUGAUCCUAGCUCUGCUAUUCUCAUGCGAAAAGCAAAGCGGGAGAAAAUGGAGACCAUGCUAAGGAAUGAUUCCCUUAGCUCUGACCAGUCGGAAUCAGUGCGGCCAUCCCCUCCAAAGCCUCAUAGAGCAAAAAGAGGCGGAAAGAAAAGGCAGAUGUCAGUUAGUAGCUCAGAGGAAGAAGGGGCAUCAACACCAGAAUAUACUAGCUGUGAAGAUGUGGAGAUAGAAAGUGAAAGUGUCAGUGAAAAAGGUAAGGACUUUUAUGUAUAUUAUGCACAUGGCCAUG